CUCUUGAAAUCAAUUCCACUACAUCUGCGUCAUCUCAAGAAUAAGAGCAUCCUCACUGCAAAGCACAACCAUUCCAUACACUUCACAGAGAAACAGUAAUCAACAUGUCCGCCAUCAACUACCCCGUCGUCGGCGCUCCAAAGCCUUCUCCAGCUCCGGUUGAUGGAUCCGUCCCACUGAGAAUCGAAAUCCGGCAGCUUCAACAAAAUGCAGACCAAUGGAAUUUGUAUCUAUUGGGUCUCGACGCCUUCAAGAAGAUGGAUGAGAAGAGUGAUCUUUCAUAUUAUGGUGUCUGCGGAAUCCACGGUCGCCCAUAUCGUCCAUGGGGAGGUGUUGCCGGUCACAACAACGUCCAAGCAGGUUGGCAAGGCUAUUGUACUCACAGCUCGAUCCUUUUCGGACCUUGGCAUCGACCAUACCUCGCGCUGUUUGAGCAACUUCUCUAUGGCAUUGUCCACGACAUCGCAGGACAAUUUCCAGCCGAAACCAAAGCUAGAUAUCAAGCAGCUGCUUCCACCUUCCGGAUUCCAUAUUGGGACUGGGCAGCGAUCCCUGACAGCGGAGACUACUUCCCCAAUGCCGUCGGAGGCUCUACCACGGUGAGCGUGAUCACCCCAAAAUCGAACGGCCAGGCAGUCUCGAUGCCAAACCCUCUUUACUCGACCACAUUCCACCCUCUGAAUCCCGUACAAGGAGACUUCGCACCUCUCGGACGAACCCCAUACAAUCAAUGGCCCACUACCCUUCGUUACCCUUCCUCAUCUCGCUCACUGAACGCGACCUCCGAGGAAGAUCAAGUAUUUGAUGCCAUGGCAACUCAAUUCGCGGGUCUGCAGCAGAAUAUCAACAUCCUCAUGAACGAUCCUAACUACAAGGACUUCAGUGCGUUCAGCAAUCAUCUCUGGGUACCCGAUUCUGUCGGCACCGAAGCUUCACUCGAGGAUGUUCAUAACUCGAUCCAUGGAGCAGUUGGAGGAUUUAUGGGUCAUAUGUCUGAACUGGACUACUCGGCUUUCGAUCCUGUCUUCUGGCUUCACCAUUGCAACGUUGACCGCCUUUUCGCCAUCUGGCAAGCACUCAACCCAACCUCCUACACAAUCCGCGAACGCACGCAGGACGGCAACUUCGUCACCCAAGCCGGCUCCGUCGAAACCUCAAGCACACCCCUUACACCCUUCGUCGACGCUUCAGGAAGUAAAUAUUGGACAUCAGAAGGAGUUCGCCGGACGGAGACCUUCAACUACGCAUACCCAGAAACUCGACGCUGGGCCUUCACAAGCGAGUCCGUCUACGAGAACAGUGUUGCGAAUGCUGUACAACAAUUAUACGGAGGACUCAGCAAUCAGUUCUCGGGGGAGGAGGCAUUCAAUCUAAUGUCGGUUCGUCCUACAGAUGCUGCUACGGCUCCGGCCAUCGAGGAGAAAGUCGAGACCGCCCAUUCCACUUCCACCUCCAAUGCCUCUGGACACGCAAAUGGAGCCGCAAGUGGCCCCGCUCAAAAGCCUGUUGCGGACACCAGUGCAGGCUUCCAUCCUUUCCAUAAUCUAGUCGAGAAAGUCAAAGGGGCUGUUCCUGGCCUAGACCCCAAGCCAGAACACCAGACACAGCGCGGCGGCCUUGACCUUGAGAAGGAAAUCGGCAAACCAGCGGCACCAGUCCCCGAACAACCCCGCUCUUACACCGAAUACAUCGUCAAUAUCAAAGCCCCGAAGCACCUACUCGGCCAAUCCUACCGCGUGCACAUCUUCCUCGGCGAGUUCGACUCUGACAUUAGGACCUGGAACACGCAAGACGCGCUCGUCGGCACCUUUGCCGUCUUCGGCAAAGAGACGGCGCCCGGAAGCGAUGACGAAACGAAGUGUGGAAAGUGCAAGGAUGAUGCGGAGAAGAAUACGAUUAUCACUGGUACGGUGCCGCUGACUGCGCAGAUUAUUGGAGAGGUCAAGAAAGGCCACUGCGGAAGUCUGGAGAAGAGUAAUGUUCUUCCGUAUCUGAAAGACAAUCUCCACUGGCGUGUCACCCUUGCAGAUGGGACGGAGAAGAACAGAGACGAGGUCCCGGGUCUUGUUGUCAGUGUUGUGAGCACUGAGGUUGCGCUUCCGGAGGGUAAUAGACCGAAGUAUAGUGGUGUUUAUAUGGUGCAUCCGGAGGUUACAGCUGGUAGGCCGGCGGGACUUGGUGCGGGUGCUGAGACCACGCCUGGAGCUUGAGCAUGACGUUGAGAGGGACUGAGAUUGAGAUAAAUUUAGCGUGGGAAGGAUGGAAAAUGGAUGCAUGCGUGGGUCUGAAUGCCUUGCAUGGGUUAGGUACUCAGAAAUUGGCCUUCGGUGAGCCUAAUGAGGCCAUUAGAAGUAGAAGUAUCCACUAGCCAACCGCCCAAACCCCCAUCCGCCCACGCCUAAAAAAUAGAUUUUUAAUCACAGCUUUAUUAUAAUUACAAAUCCUUUAAUAUAUUAAUAUCCCA